UGACUGACGACCACAAAUGUCUCUCGUCUUAAUUGAAUAUUAAUUAUUCACUUUACAUUAUUUAUUUACAAGUGGAUAAGGUGUAAAGUGCACGGAAUACAGUAUGGAGGCGUUAGCAGAGUUCACUAAAUUGGCAAAAACUGCUCCUUCGAGAUUUAUUCUCGGAUCGCUUCUUGUGCCGUUUCUUCUUCUGCUUUACGUUUACUGGAAGGUUUCAAGAGGCCGCAUGAUCAAGUUAGCUGAACAGUUUCCAGGACCCAAAGGAUUACCCAUAUUAGGGAAUGCUUUACAAUUCUUAGGAUCUUCUCCAGAUAUUUUCAAUAGAAUUUACAAGUUAUCUUACGAAUUCCCGUCAUUGGCCAAGGUAUGGAUCGGACCACGGCUACUGAUCUUCCUCGCCGAUCCGAGGGAUGUAGAGUUGAUCUUAAGUAGUCACGUUUACAUCGAUAAAUCUACGGAAUAUCGGUUCUUCAAGCCGUGGUUAGGUAAUGGUUUAUUGAUCAGCACAGGUGAAAAGUGGAGGAGUCAUCGUAAAUUGAUAGCACCUACCUUCCAUUUGAACGUGCUGAAAUCUUUCAUCGAUAUCUUCAACGCAAACAGCAAAGCAGUUGUUGAAAAGUUGAUGGAUUGUAAAGGAAAGACCAUCGAUUGUCACGAUUACAUGUCAGAAGCAACAGUGGAAAUGUUACUAGAAACUGCAAUGGGUGUGAACAAAUCCACGCAAAAUCAAAGCGGCUAUGAAUACGCGAUGGCUGUGAUGAAGAUGUGCGAUAUUUUGCAUUUUAGGCAUACGAAGUUGUGGUUGAGGUCCGAUGUUCUUUUCAAUUUGAGUACGUACGGUAGAUUGCAGAAUAAACUGUUGGGCGUCAUUCAUGGUCUGACCAGGAGGGUGAUCAAAAAGAAGAAGGAAAUUUAUGCAAACGGUAAAAGCACGAAUAAUGUGGUGAAGUGUAAUGGUAUCGAAAAUGGGAAAACUACAUCGGUGGAAGGAAUGUCCUUUGGUCAAGCUGCCGGAUUGAAAGACGAUUUGGACGUUGAUGAUAAUGAUGUUGGAAUGAAGCAGCGCUCAGCGUUCUUAGAUCUGCUGUUAGAGGCUAACCGCAACGGCGUGGUGAUCAGCGACGAAGAGAUCAAAGAACAGGUGGAUACUAUAAUGUUUGAAGGACACGAUACCACCGCUGCAGGAAGCAGCUUCUUCCUAUCCAUGAUGGGAAUACACAAGGACAUACAAGAAAAAGUCCACAAAGAACUGGACGAUAUUUUCGGGGACAGCGAUCGACCCGUUACGUUUGCAGACACUUUGGAAAUGAAAUACUUGGAGAGAUGUCUGAUGGAGACAUUAAGGAUGUACCCACCAGUACCAAUCAUCGCAAGGGAAAUCAAGGAAGAGUUGAAAUUGGUGUCUGGUGAUUAUACAAUACCUGCCGGAGCAACGGUGAUUGUUGCCACUUUUAAAAUGCAACGGAAUCCGGAAAUCUACAAAAACCCCGAUAUUUUCGACCCGGAUCAUUUCUUACCUGAGCAAAGUGCUGAUAGGCAUUACUACGCCUUCGUUCCUUUCAGCGCCGGGCCAAGAAGUUGCGUUGGUCGUAAAUACGCUAUGCUGAAACUGAAGAUUCUACUGGCUACAAUAAUGAGGAACUUCCGAGUGCACUCCGAACUGGGUGAAAAGGAUUUCCAGCUGCAAGCCGAUAUCAUUCUCAAAAGGGCAGAGGGUUUCCAAGUGCAAUUGCAUCCGCGAAAAUAAUACUCACAGUAUCUUUUUAUAUGUAUUUCUUUCAUGUAUAUUAUUAUUAUUAAUAUUAUUUGAAUGUUUUCUUUUUUUUUUCGAAUUUCGUUUUAUUUACAAAAAGGAGAAGUAUAUUAAAAAGCGUGUCUGAUCAA